AGUGAUACCAACAUUACAGGCGUCCUCCAUCUUGCUGGGGGCAGCUGACAUUUGUUUGCGAGAGAAAAACCUCGGGAAUAUAGCAAACACUCGCUCAAAAUGGGUUACUCUAUGAUUCCUAUUGCUAUUUUCACCAUCCUAUGGUUCGUCGUUGGUGUUGUGUGCCCCUUCUUUGCCCCUAAGGGUCCUAACAGAGGGAUUAUCCAGGUGGUGUUGAUGCUAACAGCUGCCACAUGUUGGUUAUUCUGGCUGUGCGCGUACAUGGCGCAGAUGAACCCGCUCAUCGGGCCCAGACUCAGCAACGAGACCCUCAUCUGGAUGGCGCGCAAAUGGGGCAACCCCAUCAACAUGACUGAUUAGAUCAGCGGCCACUUCUUAUUUAAUUCCACCUAUAUUUGAUGUGAAUAUAUCUCCCUAACAUCGAGGGAUUGUUAAAUAACAUCAAAACAUUAUGUAUUAUUUAUUACCUAUUAUUUGUGAAAAUCUGUAUCAUCUUGGGACUUCAUUUAAUAUUAAAAAUAAUACAAACAUUAUAUUUGUGAAAUAUCUCCCUAACAACAAGGGACCUGUUGAAUUAAUGUGUAAGCCCGUUCAAGUGAAAAGUAUUUAAAGAUCAUUCCGCGUUCUCGCCUGUCGAAGUGUAAACUGUGUGAAGCUCUGUUUAAAUGUAUUGUAGAUAUUUUAUUUCAAUAAAGUUAUGUGAGUUAAGA